GAGACACAAAACAGAUAUGAUUCUACCUCUCUCCAAAAAGAACAGACAUCGUUGAUAACUUACUUACUUAACCGAAGUUCAAAUGUCUACAAUCCGCUAUCUCCUUGUUUUGAAGGCAAAGCAUGGGAUUUAAAAUAUUGCCCCAAAAUUCUGUAUUUUCAACUGUUAAAAACGGAUCUUUUCCGAACACCUACCAGGAUGUAUUGAAGCAUUAUCUGGUUAAUGAUGAAUCGGUAUGCAAAUUAUUUGACAGAAGGUGGGCCUUGAGCUGCCCUGAUGCCAAAAUCAACCAGAUAAUGACUUCUAGCCGAAAGGGAGGCCAAUCAAUGAUUUCUGAACACAUUCCCUAUCAAAAUAUCAUCCCACCAUGCCUUGGCGAAGGCAUGUUUGGAAAGAAGAACGAUUCUUCAUCAUUCUAUGUGGUGAGGGAUGACUUGUUGCAUCCUCUGGUAAAUGGUAACAAAUCAAGGAAAUUAGACGCCCUGCUUCCCGUUCUUGAAGAUAAUGCUGUGACUGAAGUGGUUACCUGUGGAGGCUGCCAAAGUGCACAUGCUGCUGCAGUUGCCGUGUCUUGUGCAGAGAGAGGACUGAAGGCACACAUACUUCUUCGAGGAGAAGAGCCUGAAACUCUAACUGGUUACAAUCUUGUUUCUAAACUGUACGGCGAUGUGGUUUAUGUUCCAAGAUCCGUAUAUGCCAAAAGAGAAGAAAUGCUUGCAAAGCAUGCGGAGUUGAUUGUAGGCGCUGGUGGAUCUAUUAUGUGGCCUAAUGAUGUUAUGGAGGCUUCUUUCAAACCUUAUAAAUCGAGGGUACACAACUUUCCACGUGCAGAUCCUAUUAACUGUCCCGAUAAACCUAAGAAAGUUGCUAUUAUAAAUGAAGGGGCAGGGGAUGCAAUAGCCUUGCUAGGUGUUAUGCGAUUGAUAAAAUACUUAUCACAGAAACAUUUGUUUGGCAAAGAGCAGACCAUGAAAAUCGUUGUAGAUGCUGGCACCGGGACAACAGCUGUUGGUUUGGCUCUCGGGGCUCUAUCUUUAGGGCUUCCUUGGGAGGUGAGUGCCGUGAUGCUGGCUGACAAAAUCGAGGGAUACAAAAGAAAGGAGCAGAGUUUGAUAUCUGAAUUUCUUAGAGGCUAUACAUCAUCUCCUCAUCAGGUGUUAGGAAAUGGUGGAAUCGUGCAAUGGGUAGACCGCCGUGCACCUAGAAAGUUCGGCAAUAUACUAAAAGGCGAAGUUGAGGAAUGUCGAAGGAUAGCACAAGAGACCGGUGUCCUGGUGGACCCAAUAUACACUCUGGCUGCUUGGGAUCUUGCAACUCAGCUCAGUCAGGUACAAGAUGCCAAAAUCAUUAUGCUGCACACCGGAGGGACACUGGGAAUGUUUGGACUCGCGCAACGGUAUAAGUCUUGCUUCCACAUGAAUGCCUGAAGAACAAUGCCAACUCAAACCAUAGAGAUUUUUAGUAAUACUAUAAUUUUGUUAUUAUAAAUAUAUACUCCUAUUUAGUUUUAUUUAUCUUGACAUAACUAUGUAUUAGUAGUAGUACAUGCCUGCUACUCAGACGUCCGUGAAAGCAAAGAAGCUAACAAAAAAUGUCAUAAAGGCUGGUCCUUUAUUUUGUUUGCC